CUGCUCUGUGCUACAGCUAGACUUGUCUCUCUCUCCGUACAGCCGGGAGAAUUUCACUCCAGAAAGUACAACGCGAUCUCUCUGGACAUCCUCUCUCCAGUCCAGACGGACCUUUGAGAGACCCUUUUGGGGACUGGACUGGGGCUGUCCCCAAAAAGCGACGACAGGGUUUGACACAGAAACUGUAUUUGAAGGAUACAUUCCACUACCAGAUUCUUGAUGCAGCAUACAAAUAGAUUUAACCUGAGAAGUAAGAGUUGCAGUUUGGUGAAAAGCGUUGGGACAGCAGCUGCUCCAUGCGCAUAGGAAGCUACAAUAAUGAAAAGCACAAUUUGCCAUUAAUCAUAAAAGUAAUCUGAUUUGGAUACAAUAAACGGUUUAUUGAUUCGCGUUUGCAGAGUGAUAAUUUGCUCUAUUAAAAUGAUAAACGUUAAGUGGAGCAACCCGAUCCCAUGCAUCCGCACGAGAAGAGUCGGACAGAAACGGGAGGACUCAGAAACGGGUGAAGAACUGGUGUCUAAAUGCGCCAGGCUGAGUGAGUCUCCGGGUGACGCGGGGCUCCUCGGUAGCUCGCCGGGGUCACUGCUGUCCCCGGUCACCUUGAGCGGCCUGACCCAUCAAGGUCCGUCCCGGAUAGGCCAGUUUCUGCUCCUACAUAUGGCUGAAAGGGACAGGAUGCACAGCGCACUCAACAUUGACACUGGAGACGCGCUGGUGUGUAAGGUGUUUGACAUGGGUCUGUACCAGGAGAAGAUCCGGGCCUACCGCAUCCUGCCGGUCCACAGGAACAUCAGCUGUAUCCGAGACAUUGUCCUGGGAGAGCGUUGGGCAUACGUCUUCCUAGAGAAGGACCACGGGGACAUGCACACCUUCGUUAAGAGCUGCAAGCGUUUGGACGAGGAGCGGGCGGCACAGCUCUUUCACCAGGUGGCGUCGGCCGUGUCACACUGUCACCAGCAUGGCGUCGUAUUAGGAGACCUGAAGCUACGCAAGUUUGUCUUCUCUGACAGGAAAAGGACCCAUGUGAAGCUGGAAGGCCUGGAGGACUGCAGGGUUCUAGAAGGAGAAGAUGACUCCAUGUCAUACACCUAUGGCUGCCCAGCCUAUAUCAGCCCAGAGAUCCUGAACGUCUCCAGCUCCUACUCCGGGAAGCAGGCGGACGUCUGGUCCCUAGGGGUGAUGCUCUACACUAUGCUGGUGGGACGCUACCCUUUCCACGACCCAGACCCAGCUACCCUCUUCUCCAAGAUCCGCCGGGGCCAUUGCUGCCUACCCGAGAGCCUCUCUCCCCGGGCCAAGUGCAUGCUGCGAUCCCUGCUGAGGAAAGAACCAUGGGACAGACUGACUGCCGCCGAGGUGCUUAUCCAUCCGUGGUUCCACACCACUGCCGCCAACGGACAGGAAACAGGGGUCAGUGAACAGGAAGUGGGCUCAGUGGAACAGACAGUGCCUUCCUGUGAUGUGGAAGAGGAGGAUGAUCUGUUCUGUUGAUCGAUGGGAUACUGACUCAACCCCUCGAGUGGAAUCGGACCAAAACAUGCUCAAAUGUUACUUUCAAGAGGGUUUAAAUUUUAUUUCGAUUUGUUUUUGGAUAAUGGUCUAUAAUAGUGUUUCAUCUAUGUGUGUUAGAUUAAGGGAAUUGUGUGAAGUACUCCACCAUCAUUGUGCGUUGUGUGUGUUCACAAGAAGUAAUUUGGUGCUAAAAACCAGCUCACCGUCACAUGAUGAUGUUUUAUUAGAGUAGAUUAAAGAUACAAUCUGCUGUUCAAACCGACACCCUGACACUGUUUUGGUAAAUAGCUGAGGGAAUAACAGAGUAGAAACUCAGGGGCUAAUAGAGGUGUGGGAAAGUGUAUAUUUCUACCCUGAGUACUGAACUGACAUCUGUCUAUUUCUACCCUGAGUACUGAACUGAUAUAUGUCUAUUUCUACUCUGAGUACUGAACUGAUAUCGGACUAUUUCUACGCUGAGUACUGAACUGACA